CUCAAUAUCACGAGCACAUGUAUAACCGGAAAGCCGACGGAAGUCACACAAAACGUCGCCUACGACAACACUGAUGAGCCUUGCGAUUUCCCUCUGUUCUUCAUCUGCUGGAUCUUAGACGCAGUUUCAAGUGAUACCAUCCAAUCAAUCGUUGGUCAGGGACUCCAUAGGCGCUGGCGAUCUAUCCUCUCUAUCUCCACUUCUUAAGCAUCUGAACUAACAGUGGAUACCUGAAGGACAAGCAUCCUUCCAUCCAUUGUCGCUCACACAUCUCCGGUUAUUUUGAGUCCAUGCUGAAGUUCUCGAGCAGAUUAGCCUCUCGUUCGUCGCGUUCACCGCUUGUGUCUCAAAUGGCCACCAAGCGCAAUUUCAAGUCCUCAGCCCCGAGGAAGUCUGAUAUUCCAGAGGGAUAUGCUGUUGAUCCUACUGCAGGGAACAUGUUACGGUUCCAGGCGUCACUUCCUCGGCUUCCGGUUCCGGCGCUGUCCUCAACCGUGCACAAGUACCUUGAGACCAUUCGGCCUCUACUGACAGAUGCGGAGUAUACCAAGUCUCAGGCUACUGCACAAGAGUUUCUUAAAUCAUCUCAGGCUGCUGAGCUUCAGAAACGCCUAGAAGCCCGUGCCGCAGACCCAUCCAUCAAGAAUUGGCUAGCGGACUGGUGGAAUGAUGCAGCAUACAUGGGCUACCGCGACCCUGUUGUGGUUUAUGUCAGCUACUUCUACGUGCAUCUUGAUGAUCCACGCAGACGUGACCCGGCGAAGAGGGCUGCUAGUCUGAUCAAAGCUAUGCUGCCUUUCAGAGAAAUCACAGAAUCGAAACAAAUAGAACCUGAAAAGGUUCGUGGGAUGCCACUGUGCAUGGAUUCGUACAAAUGGCUCUUCCAUGCAUGCCGAUACCCCACCAAGCCAUCCGACACUGCCAAGAAGUUUGAUCCAAAGGCACACAAUCACGUCGUGUUUGUGAGGAAGAACAAGUUCUACGAAGUUCUGCUCGCAACCCCGGAAGGACAUGAACUAAGCGAGGCUGAGCUAGAAGUACAAGUGGAACGAGUCAUUAGAAUGGCAGGAAAGGAGACAGGCGCUCCGGUCGGCGCGCUGACAGCGGAGAACCGAGAUAUUUGGACUGAUGCACGCUCUGCACUAAUAGCAAGUUCGCCAUUGAACCAACAAUCUCUCGAGCGGAUAGAGUCUUCCGCGAUCAUCAUCUGCCUUGACGACACUACGCCCGUCUUGCGCGAAGAUAUUUCUUGGUCUUGCUGGGUCGGAGACGGCCGGAACCGUUUCUACGACAAGCAUCAAUUAAUCGUCUUUGAUAAUGGGCGAUCGGGUUUCCUUGGGGAGCAUUCGUGCAUGGAUGGCACGCCCACGCUUCGCCUGAAUGAAUUCAUUCUUGCUUCUCUUGCCCACAACAAGGUUGAUCUUGGUGCACCUAGGUCUAACUCUACCGGGGCCAAUCUUCCGCAGCCCGUAGAGCUGAAAUUUGAGCUUGACGCCACAUGCGAGAAAUACAUUAAUGAGGCAUGCCAACAUUUUGACGAGCUCGUGGAUCAGCAUGACAUGCAGGUGCUCCACUAUGAAGGCUAUGGGAAAGACCUGAUGAAGAAGUUCAAGGCUUCGCCUGAUGCAUGGGUUCAGCUUGUGAAACAACUUGCUUUCCACAAAAUGUUUAAUCGACCUGGUGUGACGUAUGAAAGCUGUCAGACGCGCAAAUACCAGCAAGGCCGCACGGAGGUGAUUCGUAGUGCCAGCUUAGAAAGCAAGGAAUGGGCCGAAGCCAUGCUUAAUUCAGAAGAAUCUGAUGAACACCGCGCCGUGCUUUUCCGCCGUGCCGUCGCGCGCCACCUGCAGUAUGCUGCCUGGGCCGCGGAUGGGCAAGGGGUGGACCGACAUUUAUUUGGUCUAAAGAAGAUGGUUCGUGAUGGGGAGUCCGUCCCAGCUAUCUAUUUGGACCCAGCGUUUUCCAAGACGAAUCAUUGGGAAUUGUCAACAUCUCAACUUUCUUCCAAGUAUCUAGAUGGGUGGGGCUACGGAGAAGUUGUCACGGACGGUUAUGGACUGUCGUAUUCCAUCGAUGAUCAUUACAUCCGGUGGACCAUCACAUCACUUUUACGAAAUACUGCCGAACUGAAGCACUACCUCGCGGAGGCUGCAACGGAGACGAGGUUCAUGAUGGAGAGAGUUGCUGCCGCUGAGCAGAAGGGGAAGUUGUGAUCAAGUCACCUUUAGCACAAUGGAUGUGUGUUAUUUAAUGGCAUAAUUUGUUUAUGAUAGUUUAUGAUCAGGGAUGGAUAUCGAUGGAUCUUUUGCUUCCUCUUAUUUCCACAUCUUGGAGAAUCUUGCGUGCGGUCGCAAGGGGAUCUCCGAAACCCGAUUUCUACGGAACGAAGGAGCUCCUUUUAAUCAUAUUAUUUCCUAUGAUUUGAUUCCUGCGGCACAGCGUUUGACAGUGAAGUUGAAAGGGUACUACGGGUACCGCCGCACUACCCUGGCCCUACGGGAAAUCCGGCACUGGCAAUACCGACGGCGUGGGUGGGCACCGUCGGCGCGGGCAGCCUAUCACAUACGCUGCAA